AUGAGCCAAACAGACCAGAGGCCCAUGUUGGACGAUCGCAUGUCUGAGCCACCCCGGACCUUACAGUGCACUCCACGACAGGACAGGGAGACACAAAGCCGCAAUUUAAAUGAUCCCCGUUUGACAGCCGAUUGGCUUGAGACAAUUGUCAUGGGACACCGUGUCCCCAGUGCAGUUCCUGCCACGCUGAGGGCCGAGCUCUUGCAGCACCGGGAACCCAUCCGCUCGCUUUCACAGCAGAAUACUACACCUAGGUACCAAUUUCCUCCGUUGUGCGAACGGUCCGCCUCUCGCGAGAAUCCGGCAACUAUCCAUUUGCCGUCGUAUCUGCCACCGCUGGUAGAAGCCCUGAGUCUAUUUCGGUACUAUUGCAAAUACCUAGACUUCCAGUAUCAUCUUAUCAUACCCAGCCAUGUGGAGCAACAGAUUGAGACCAUCUACAAGCUUGUUGCGCGAAAUGAGUCUAUCAAUUUUGCCCAUACGGCGCUGCUGUUUGCUAUCACUGCAGCUGCCCUGUAUUACAAGCUCCUGAUAGAGUCGCCGGAGCACGCAGAACCAUUCAGUCAGGAACACACGUUUUUGGCGGGUGCCGCAUUGAUCCAGAGCAAUUACAUCCCUAAUCCCAGCCUUGAGGGACUGCAAGCGACCAUGGUCAUUGGCCAUCAUCUGUCCAAUAUGAACGUGCCCUCAUCCGUCAGUUCGUUGUUUGUGCAUAGGUCGUUUGUGAGUCAAGCUACUGGUAUGGGCCUUCAUCUUGUGGAUUGUCCCCGUGUUGUGGCCGAACGCUCAGCGAAUGGGUUUGACAAAACAAAGAUUGAGCUCAAACGACGGCUGUGGUGGGACUUGGCAACAUACGACUGGUUGAUAGGCUUUUUGAGCGGACCACAAGAGUGGACGUACUCGAUCUAUCCUCAGCAUAUGAUUGUACACCAACCUCUCAAUGUUGAGGAUGAGGAUAUCGACCAUAGCGAGAAUGGUGUUCCUCUUUCUACUCCAACCGCAAUGACAUACAGUCUAUGUCGAUUAGAGUUGGCUGUUGUGUGUCGCCAAAUAGUGGACGAAAUGGCACACUACCACUUUCAUGAACAAGAGGUACCGUAUGAGAAGAUACUUGAUCUCGAUCAAAAGCUCAACAAGAUAUGCGCUGAGCUCCCCAGUUUCUUUCGCUUUGAUCAAACCUCUCGGCGUGCAUUCUCAGCGCUCUAUCAUGAGCGGCCAGCUCUUGCAUGGCAGCGAGCUCUGGUACAACAGGGUUACCAUUCACGAUUCUGUCGGUUGCAUCGCCACUACCUAGUGCGUGGAGCAAAGGAUCCUAAAUAUUCCUAUUCGCAUGUCGUAGCUCUUCGAUCUGCACGUAAGGUGCUUGAAGUAAAACGCAUUAUGGAUGAGGAAGAGCCUGUGUUCACACCGCAUAGCUCGGUCGUAUGGGCAGUGAUGCACCACGUGUUCAUGGCAGCUGCCAUUCUUCUGAUAGAUGUGUGUUUCAACUGGGAUGAAAUUCUGGCCGAGAAGCGAAAAGAGGAAGUACUUGACGCCUGUCGAAUGCUCAGCCGGGCACAACAAUCCUCGCCCAUCGCACGUGAAGGAAUCAAGGCUAUGAUGGGGAUCUUGCGAAAGCAUUGGAAACAUGAAAAAAGGGUAAGCUCUCGUGAGCUGCAGGAGCUUACUGCGUCUUCAAAUUCAAAUUCUACAACAGUCAAUGCCCCCCAGCCGGAUAUCCCCACGCCAGCCUCGUUGGAUCCCAAAAGCGUCACAUUCCCUGAAGGAAUUUCCAAUAGUCAAUCAACGGUGUACCCUUCAGAGGAUGCAUGGAUUAGUCCAUUGCCUCUUGAAGACUUAUGGACAGAGAUACUAGAGAGCAGCGCUAAUGUUGAGCUGAGCACACCAGACUGGACAGACUUGCUUACCGAGUUGACAAAUGUUACUUUGCCAAGCGAGUAG